GAGAUAAACAAAUUGAGGUCCUCUUUCUUUAGCGAGCUAACUAGCUGAAUGCUAUCGUUCAGGUAUUCACAUAUGCGGUAACUGGUAAUGAAAUCUCUCAAUCUAUCGAUUUAUGUCAGGGGAAAUAACUUGGUCAAAUUAUUAGCACGAAAGUAUCGUCAUUAGUAAGCAGCUUUAGUUAGUUUUGAUAGUAAAAAAAUAAUAGGCGACGCAGCUCAUUGUUUUUAGCCACCCCCUAGCUAAUUUUAGCUAGCUAACGUUAGCAAGCACCAACAAGCGAACGCCAUCUAGACAGUAUCAAUUGAAUUGUAAGGACUGUGUUAAUGAGUAGAAAUGUCUGGUAUCGCUCUUAGUAGACUGUCACAGGAGCGCAAAGCAUGGAGGAAAGACCACCCAUUUGGUUUUGUUGCUGUGCCUACCAAAAAUCCUGAUGGCACUAUGAACCUUAUGAACUGGGAAUGCGCCAUUCCAGGGAAGAAGGGGACACUGUGGGAGGGAGGCCAAUACAAACUUCGAAUGCUGUUCAAAGAUGACUAUCCUUCCUCGCCGCCAAAAUGCAAGUUUGAGCCGCCCAUUUUCCACCCCAAUGUCUACCCAUCUGGCACGGUGUGUCUUUCCAUCCUGGAGGAGGAGAAGGACUGGAGGCCAGCCAUCACCAUCAAACAGAUCCUGUUGGGUAUCCAAGAGCUACUCAAUGAACCCAACAUCCAAGACCCAGCACAAGCAGAAGCCUACACAAUUUACUGUCAGAACAGAAUGGACUAUGAGAAGAGGGUGAGGGCGCAGGCCAAGAAGUUUGCCCCCACAUAAAGCUCCGCUGAACAUCUGCCUGAGAAGCCUGAUACAACACCUGGGUACUGAACAGCAAGCAGCACUUAGAGGACCAAUCCAAUGAUCAAUCUACAAUUUGAUAUGUUCUUUACAUGAGAAAAAUGUAGCCUACAUGAGAGCCAUUUUAAAACAAAACAAAACAAUAAUAUUUUUGUCCAGAUUUCUUUUUGCCUAGUUCACUUCUAAAGCAUGCUUAAAUCACAUGCCUAAAACACUUUCAUAUAAUUGAAUAAGAUGCCAUUUGCAUUUGUGAUCUGUAAAUCAGGAAGCUACUUUGCCUGAUAUUUAGUCUUAUCAAAUAUCACUUAUUUAAUAACAAAUAAUUUCAAAUUGUAGUGUCUGAUACAUCAUUUUGAAACUGAAUCUGUACUUAAAUAAAUGACCCCCCCCAAAAAGCAGACAGAAAAUCACCCAAACGUAAGUGAGCCUUAUUUUUCGAAAUGUCUGGUCACAUUGAAUUUAAUUGUAGAUUUUUAUUGGGAUGCCCCUUUAAUAAGAUGGAUGUCAGAGCUGAGAGUGUGCUGCAUAGAGAGCUGAAGAGGUUUACCUCCAAAGACUUGAGUGUAUGUACAUAAUAUAAAUAUGUAGGUCCAUAUGGAUCUUAUGUACUUUUCUAUUGUUUUAGCAAGUUGAUAUUUGUGUGUGGUAUUAAAAGUAUUGAACACAUUUUAAAUGUAAGAAUUGUGAAAUAAAGUUAAUUGAAUGGAAAAUACAAAA